UCAAAUAUCAGAGGCCAAAAUCAAUCUCAAAAGGUACAACAAAAUCCCUUGGACGCUACUUGAACCAACAAUGAUGAAUUGGGAUUCUCGAGUCAUUGAAUAGCUUAAAUUUUGGAAACUCCAUGGCUGGUGGUAUCUUGCUAUGGAUGGAAACAACAUGCGAAUAAAAAGAACUGUGUAAUUGAGGGGAAAUGUCUUUCCAUGAUUGUUCACUUUCCUUUGAAACUGGAGAUAUCAAGCAUAUUAUUUCAUCUCUCAAAGUUCUCAGAACAUUCACUGAACUUCUGAGGGUAAAAGUAAAACUGAGAAAGAAGAUGCGUGGGGAUUUCUGGCUUUCUCUGAAGAGAUCAAUUCACUGCAAACCAAACCCAUCAGAAGUUCAUGAACCAGAAGCAAUCACCCAACAGAGAAUUCCUCAGAAGAUUUCAGAUUGCUUCCAAAGAACAAGCAAUAUUCUCUCAGAGAAACAUAGAAGUGGCAGUCUAAUCAAAUCCUUACGGAGCAGUAAUAUCCUUAGCCCCAUAACCCAUGAAGUUGUCCUUAACAUCUCCUGCCAUGGAUUUCGAACUUGUCGAUGUUGUCCUCGUCCUUUAAAUAAAGAAAUGAGAGGUCCUCAUGAAUCAAGACGACCAACAACCACACCUUCAAUGAGGACCCAUGAUGUUGAUUGCAAUGAAUGUAACAUAUCUUCCUCAAAUUCAAGGGUUUUGAUGCAAACAGAUUCUAAUAAUGAUAUUCCUUCAACUUUGAUUUGUCCCAAGUGUGGUGAGAAACUCAAAUGUGUUGACGCUGUUGAAACACACCAUGUCUCCCAGCAUUCAGGAAUCAACUGUACUAUGACUUCAGAAUGUACCGUUUUUUCUUUCUGGGCAGUGAUUGAACUUGAUGAAGAAGAUUCAACAAGGCAGAUCAUAGAAACAAUAUGCAGAGCCAGCUGGAGUAACUCUCAGACCAAGUCAGGGAAGAUUGAGAGUUUGCUCAAAGUCCAGAACACGCCAAGAACCUUCGCUAGGUUUGAGGAAUACAGACAAAUGGUGAAGAACGAAGCUGAAAAGUCACACAAGAAGCAACCUCGUUGUCUGGCUGAUGGCAAUGAGCUUCUAAGGUUCCAUGGCACAACCAUCGCAUGUUCACUGGGCACCAAUGGCUCUUCUUCUUCUGGUUUGUGCAGUUCAGAACAUUGUUGUGUGUGCCAGAUUCUGAAACAUGGGUCCUAUGCAACCAACGAGUGUCAUGGUUCAUUUGGGGUCCUCACUACUUCAACUUGUGAUAAGGCCUUUGAAUCCAUAGGGUCAGUUGAUUCAGAAUCUGAUAAUAAGGGACCAUCUCUAAGGAUGUCGGUUAUGGUGUGUAGGGUAAUAGCUGGGAGAGUUCUGUAUAGUUCUCUGGAGGAAAUUGAAGCAGUGGAGAAUUAUGGGUUUGAUUCUUUGGCAGAGAAGACAAGUGGAGAUUCAGAGAUUGAAGAGCUUUAUGUGUUAGAUGCUAGAGCUAUUCUUCCUUGCUUUGUGGUAAUAUACAAACAUUGAAAGUUUGAGUACUUCAGUUCAAAUUAAGGUUUUUGCUCCCCUUCCCCCAAA